AUGGCGCUCAGCUCCCGGGCUCACGCCUUCUCGGUGGAAGCUCUCGUGGGCCGCUCGGCCAAGAGAAAGGGACCCGACGGCCGCGACGAGGAAAGCGGGGCGGGCUGCAGGCAGAGCCGCAGAGCAUCCGAGCCCGAGAAGCGGCCCAAGGCCGGCGCCGAGAGCCGGGAGGUGGGGGACGAGGUGCAGGUGGAGCUGCAGGGCUCUGAGCUCUGGAAGAGGUUCCACGAGAUCGGCACCGAGAUGAUCAUCACCAAGGCCGGCAGGCGGAUGUUCCCAUCAGUCAGGGUGAAGGUGAAGGGGCUGGAGCCAAUGCAGCAGUAUUACAUCGCCAUUGAUGUUGUGCCAGUGGACUCCAAACGGUACAGGUACGUCUACCACAGCUCGCAGUGGAUGGUGGCAGGGAACACAGACCACUCCUGCAUCACACCACGGCUCUACAUCCACCCCGACUCCCCCUGCUCGGGGGAAACAUGGAUGAGGCAAAUCAUCAGCUUCGACCGGGUGAAGCUCACCAACAACGAGAUGGACGACAAGGGGCACAUCAUCCUGCAGUCCAUGCACAAGUACAAGCCCCGUGUCCACGUUAUCGCCCAGGACUCCCGCUUCGACCUGGCACAGAUUCAGUCACUGCCAGCUGAGGGGGUGCAAACCUUCUCCUUCCAGGAGACCGAGUUCACCACGGUGACAGCCUACCAGAACCAGCAGAUCACCAAGCUGAAGAUCGACAGGAAUCCUUUUGCCAAAGGCUUUCGGGACCCUGGCAGGAACAGGGGAGUGCUGGAUGGGCUCCUGGAGCCAUUCCCAUGGCGGCCACAACUGGCUCUGGACUUGAAGGCCUUCGGCGCGGACAGCCAGGGCAGCAGCUCCAGCUCUUCCCCGGUGACCUCCAGUGCUGGGACACCCUCUCCUCUCAACCCGCUGCUGUCCCCUCCAUGCUCACCUCCCACCUUCCACCUGGCUGUGAGCGGUGCCGGCGCGCCGUGCCCUGAGCCCCAUCUGCCCGGCCUCGGCGUGCCCCUCUGCUACCGGCUGUGCCCCACCAACCUCCUCCGCCAGCAGCCCCUCAUCCUCCCCAGCCACCAGAAGCCAGGCGGCCCCGGUCCCCCCAUCCUGCCCCACUUUGUGGUCGAUGUGCCCAAACUCUCCUCCCUCGGCAUCGCCAGCCUGAAGAGCUCUAAGUCUGAAGACCUGAGCGGGCCGUGUCUGCAGGUCCCCAACUCCGCCAGCCAAAUGCUGUAUGGAUUACACGCAUCUGGAAACAUUUUCCCAUCGAGUCCCAUUGCUCGGGAAGCACUUAAUUGUUCCUUACAUCCUCCAUAUGGUUUGUACGGCUACAGCUUCUCCGUGCCAUCCAGACUGACGAGCGCGGCGAGCCAUUUUGGGGUGAGUGACAGCCUGCCCGCUGCCUUCAGGGACGGCCGGUGCAAUCAUCCCAGCUGGCACUCAGCAAUUAACCACUGCCUUUAG